UCUCUUUUUCGGCAGCGUUGGGAGUUCGGUGCCACGUGUCAUUGGCACAACUCCUUUCUGCAUGAUCGUCCUUGGUACCUCUAUAGCAAAUCUGUCCCUAUUUUUAUUGUCUCUUGCGUUCCUUUGCAGGAGGUCACGAACCAGAGGCAGUCCGGUUCACGCUCUGCACGAGGCUCGUCCCCGAUCACACUCUCGUGGAGUUGAACGACCUUGAGGACAAAGAUACCCGCGUCUUUUUUCUACAUCCCAUCGAGGGCCACGUAGAUGCGCUGCGCGAUCUGGCCUCUGAGCUCCCCCUAAGCGCCGUUGGCAUCCAGUGGACGUCAGACAUCCCCACUCGCAGCAUCGAAGACAUGGCCGCUGCGUAUCUUCAGAAAAUAUUAACACUGCAACCCGAGGGCCCAUUCCACUUGAGUGGCUACUCGUUUGGUGCGACAAUCGCAUUCGAAAUGGCCCUCCAGCUCCAAGCACUGGGUGCCUUGGUCGGCAGCCUAACUCUGCUGGACGGCACUCCAAUAUGCAUGGCUGCGCUCGUUGAACGUCACUACCAAUGGGGCAAAAGCAAGGGAAUGCAAGAGACGCAGCUCCUCUGCAGUUUCCUGAUGCGGUAUCAUGACCACGACAUUAUGGAGCUCCGGGACCGGUUGGACCAGUACCCUGACUGGGAUGCCAAGGUGAAUGUCGCCAUCGACAUACUCUUGCAGGGCAAACCGGACGUUCGAUCAAGCCGACAAGACGUGGUGACGGCUGUACGCGCCUUCUACGCGUUCUUGCAAGCCGCUUCGCUUUACAAACCAAGACGUAAGUUCUACGGAGACGUGGGGCUAGUCAAGCCUUCCAGGUCGCAUGUAACGUUGUGCCAGCUUCCAAACGACUAUGGCCUCUCAGAGUGCUGUGACGGCAAGAUUGAGGUCAGCGUAAUUGAAGGCCAGCAUGAAGACUUCGUGCGUGGUCAAGGUGCUCAGAAGUGUGCAGGCAUCAUUACUCGGCAAGUUCAACAGUACCGCUUGCUCCCUGAAACGGCACCAGAGAGGACCAGAAAUAAGUCGGCUACAGUUACUGAGUAGAAUUCGACAGCUUCUGCAAAUACAAGAAAAAUGAGUUAUGAAACCUGAAAAGUAAAGUGCAAAUAAAGUAAGCUUCCACUAA